AUGCAUGAACAAAUCAAGUUAUUGGAUGUACAAGAAUUAAAAAUUCUUUUUAUAGAAGAAUACAAUGAAUAUAUCAAGUUAGUUAAAACCGUAGAAUUAUAUCAUCAAAAAAUGCAACUAAAUUGGUUCAAAUUUCAUUUAUUUUAUGAAAACACUGAAAAUAAUAUUCCGAAAUAUUACUCAAUAAAUAAACAAGUCAAAAAUAAAGUUAAUAACAAGACAAAUACCAUGGACAAUAAUUUAUGUAAUACUAGUGAUGGCGGAAAAAAGAAAAGACUAUCGGAAGAUUAUUCAAAUUAUAAAAGUAUUGAAGAAGAUCUAAAAUGUAUUUAUAAACAAGAAAAAAAUAAUGAAUGUUACUAUUUCAAGGCACACAAUAAUGAUAAACCACGUUCCCUCAUUUUACAUUUUUUAAGGGAUGUCCCAAAUUCUGUUGAAUUAUAUAUGAAUAUUAAAAUAAAAAAUUUGAAUAAAUUAAAAAAUGGUGUACUAACACAAUUAAAUAAGUUUUGUAAAGUACAAAUAAAUAAAAUUUAUUCUCUUAUAAUGUUAUGUGAAAUCAAAUUAAAUAAUUCCCAUUUAUCUCAAAAAAUGGAAAUACACAAUAAAAGUAUUAUACAUAAAAAUAUAAAAAAUAUAAUUAUCCUUUGUAAAAAAAUUAUACAUGAAGUUACAAAAAAUAUGAUUCCUUUCUUUUUUUUAUUUAAUUUAUUUUCCAAACCUGAUUAUUUUGAAUAUCAAUUUGACCAUUUCAAUAACCUAAUUCAAAUGUUGGACAUGUAA